AUGGAUAGAAGAAAGAAAUAUCAGGCGCAAGUCUACCGAUCUUGGAAUGCUAUAGCUUUAGGCCUGCCAAACAAGCCAGGAGAGCCCGAACCCGAGGAACCAGAAAUUAAACAAUCUACCAAACCAUCCUGGAGACCUCCACCAGGCGUACUUGUAAAAGAGGUCAUUGGCCAAAAAGCGCCAAGUCAAAUCGCCGAAUGGAGAUAUGCCAAUGCAGUCGCGCUCAACAAAGUUCUUGAUAUUGUUCCAAAGGAUGAAAUAUAUGAAUCAUGUAAAUGGGAUUCGGAACAGAAACAAAGGAAAUCGAAUUGGGGCGCCUCAUCCGUUCGCGGCGUACAACAAAACAACAGGGAUUCCUCAUUACAGCAAGGCAAUUGGGAUUCACACGUUUCCUUCGUCAAACCACAACGUGAAGAUGACAGUUGGAAUGUUGAGCCACGAUCAAACAAUUUGCGUUCACCUGUGCAAUUGAAACAUGAUAACAGUUGGGACACCUCCAUCAAGCCACAAAAUGAUAACUACAGUUGGAAUUCGGUGUCGGCCAAAAAAUCACAAAACAAUUGGAACGCGUUUGUGCCGUCGAAACAUGAUAACAGUUGGGACGCCUCCAUCAAGCCACAAAAUGAUAACGAUAGUUGGAAUUCAGUGUCUGCGCAGCCAGUCCAUGAUAGCAAUUGGGACUCCUCCGUCAAGCCACAAAACGACAACGACAAUUGGAAUUCGGUGUCGGCCAAAAAAUCACAAAACAAUUGGAACACGUCCAUGCAGCCUGAGCGAACUGGCUGGACUCUGACCGACGAGCCUAAAGAAAUCAAUUAUGUUUCGCCCGUCGUUAACCCAACUCGGAGCAAUUCGAGCGCCUUGUCUCAAAGCGAACAUGACGUAAUAAGUACUUGGAACGCUUAUGCUGAAGAUAAUGAAGAAAAACACAAUCAUUUGAUUCGAUCUGUUCCUCGCAAAGAUGUUCCAUCAAAAACAAAACUCGUGGAUAAGGUCCCCAAAUCAGAUGAAUCACGUCAAUUUCGAAAAAAUAUUAUAAAAAUCAAAACCAGUACCGAAGAAACUCAAAUUCGAGGAAACGAAGUCAAAAUUGCUAGCGCUUCGCCAAUUGAUCCAAAUGUGUCUAACAUUGAUGCCAAUUAUUCAGAUGCCUCUGACGUCAAUAAAGAAUCAAAUGUUGAAGCUACAAGUCCGAUAAGUCCGACAAAGGCAAGACCUCAAGUCAUUCGAUUCUCUAAAGACACUAAAAUCGAGCCGAAAGAAAAUCCGGAUUAUUUGAAGUCGGAUUUGUUGACACCUUUUGUACAAUUGGCUGAGGAGUCCAGUCGUAAUGCAAAAGAUUCAUCUACAGCGGCACUUACUCAACCUAAAGAUGAGAAAGUUCAAGAAAGUUUUGCUAAAAUCAAUUCAAUAGAACCUUUCAAAUCCCUUAUUGACGAAGAAAUUCUCUUCUAUGGUGAUGCAAAAAAUCAAGAAAAAAACACUAUUAAGGCAAAGGAAUCUGAUUUUGGUUGGGGAACCGAAGAAAAAGCGCUGAAUUCCAAUCAGUCGUUAAUUGAAUCAGACUCGAGUGAUGAAGAAUCAAUCAAAUCGAAUUCUAGUACUAAGGAACCUCGGUCGCCGACGUCGCCGAAUUUGAUUGAUUCGUUUAACAUACCGUUAUGCAGUACUUUAUCAAUUAAGCCCACUACAAUUACUAUACCAAAUCAAAAAAAGCCUCCAGAAAUCAAAAGCCCAUUACGAGCUACCAUCCAAAGUCCAGAAUCCGAAACUGUCGAUGCCUAUGUCUUCUACAAUCACACGUUCGUUAAAGAAAACUCUGUCCUUGUAAACCUAGAAGACGACGACCAAUCAGCGCCAUCCCCGCCAAAUCAAUCACCACAAAAGCAAGAAUCGGAAGCUGUUUUUCAAGAACUAGCAGAACUGGAUUGGAAGCCAUUUAUCCAGAUGCCCGAUCCGAAUAGCAUCAAAUGGGCGAAGCCGACCGAUCGAGAACAGAAACAAAAGAAGAAAGAA